CGCCCCGCGCGGAGGGUACCUCGAGCCGCCCGGCCGAGCCCGGCAGUUGGCUGUGUGGAGUCGCGUCUGUCCCUCCCACGCAGUGUACUCAGGCGAGGCCAGAAACUCACUCACCAUGUCGGCUGAGGAGGCGGGGGGUGUUUUCCACAAAGCCCAGGGCAGGACCCUGGACGCAUUUUCCGCAGAAAAGGAAAGAGAAUGGAAAGGCCCGUUCUACUUCAUCCAGGGGGCAGACCCACAGUUUGGACUGAUGAAGGCCUGGUCCACUGGGGACUCUGAUAGCGGUGGGGACGAGUGGGAACAGGAGAUCCGUCUCACGGAGCAAGCUGUCCAGGCCAUCAACAAGCUGAACCCCAAACCCAGAUUCUUUGUUCUGUGUGGCGACCUCAUCCAUGCCAUGCCAGGGGCGCCCUGGCGGAAGGAGCAGACAGAGGACCUGCAGCGGGUGCUGCGGCACGUGGACAGUGAGAUCCCGCUCGUCCUCGUCAGCGGCAACCACGACGUGGGCAACGCCCCCACCCCCGAGACCAUCGCUGAGUUCCAGCAGACUUGGGGAGACGACUACUUCAGCUUCUGGGUCGGGGGCGUCCUGUUCCUGGUCCUCAACUCCCAGUUCCUGUGUGACGCCUCCAGGUGCCCCGCCCUGAAGCAGGCCCAGGACCGGUGGCUGGAGCAGCAGCUGAGCACCGCGGGGCAGCGGAAGUGCCAGCACGCCGUCGUCUUCCAGCACAUUCCGCUGUUCCUCGAAAGCAUCGACGAGGACGACGACUACUUCAACCUCUCCAAGACCGUUCGGAAGGAGAUGGCCGACAAGUUCCUUAAAGCAGGUAUCAGAGCUGUAUUCUCAGGCCACUACCACAGGAAUGCAGGGGGCACCUACAAGAAGCUUGACAUGGUGGUGUCGUCCGCCCUCGGGUGCCAGAUGGGCAAAGACACCCAUGGGCUCCGAGUCGUGGUGGUCACCGCUGAGAAAAUCAUCCAUCGCUACUACAGUUUAGAUGAGCUCAGUGAGAGGGGAAUAGAAGAUGACCUGAUGGAUUUGAUGAAGAAAAAAUGAUUGCCUUCAUUUUUGAUGCAUUCACUUUUCCUUCCACUUUCUUUUUUCAUUUUUUAUGUUUUAUUUUGCCAGAAACAGCAGCUGCACACAACCACUUAUUGAAUAUGAAAGUAUACCAGGCAGAUUUGUGACAUUUCUGUCCUUUUGCAGAAAUCAGAGAGCUGGGUCCUAUCCUAAAUUACAUUUGAAAUAAAACUGCCCUCCCUUUAAAAAAGAGAAGGGGAUGGGGGUUGGAGCCUGGCAAUAAAAGAAUAAAUGAUAUUGGCAUAGCGCCGCACGGGUGUUUGAAUAAAUCCUCCUGAUGAUGUUU